AUUUCUAAUUUUUAAAAACUACAAACUCCUUCCAUAUAAAGCAUAAAACCAAAAUAUCCACACUUGAUAACAUGUGUUGAGAGAGAGAGAGAGAGAAGAAACAGUGGUGUAGUGAUUUUAUUUGUUUUGUCGAUAUCAGGGAAUCAUCUGAUACUCUAUCCUUUGAUCGAUUCGCUGCAUCUGACGGUCCUGAUCUGGCUAUUUCCUGAUCGUCGGAUCAGCCAUUUAGCUUGACACAUACAUAACCCAAUCAAGGAGUGUGUGUGUGGAUCAUAGAGAGAGAGAGGGAAUGAACGGUGAGGUCGUCUCGGCUUCAGCAGACCCAUCUCCGCCUCUGGAAUGGAGAUUCUCUCAGGUCUUCGGUGAAAGAAGCGCCGGUGAAGAAGUUAACAAAGUUGAUGUGAUUUCAGCUAUCCAGUUUGAUAACUCCGGCGACCACCUCGCUACUGGGGACCGUGGAGGAAGGGUUGUUCUUUUCGAGAGAACCGAUGCCAAUAAUAGCAGUGGAGGAGCUAGAAGGGAUCUUGAAGAGACAGAUUAUCCACUGAGGCACCUGGAGUUUCGUUACAAAACAGAGUUUCAGAGUCAUGACCCUGAGUUUGAUUAUCUCAAGAGUUUGGAGAUAGAGGAGAAAAUAAACAAAAUCAGAUGGUGUCAAACAGCGAAUGGCGCUCUUUUUCUCCUAUCCACAAACGAUAAAACCAUCAAGUUUUGGAAGGUUCAAGACAAGAAGAUCAAGAAGAUUUGUGAUGUAAAUUCAGAUCUUUCAAGAACGGUUGUGAACGGAGAAGUACCUGAAGCGAACAGCUCAUCGCUGCGGUUGCCAGUGAUAGUAACUAGCCAUGAGUCGAGCCCUGUGGCUAGAUGUCGAAGAGUAUAUUCUCAUGCUCAUGAUUAUCAUAUCAAUUCCAUCUCAAAUAAUAGUGACGGCGAAACAUUUAUUUCUGCUGAUGAUUUGCGAAUAAAUCUUUGGAAUCUGGAAAUUACCAAUCAAAGUUUCAAUAUUGUUGAUGUCAAGCCUGAGAAAAUGGAAGACCUAUCUGAGGUUAUCACAUCAGCAGAGUUUCAUCCUACGCAUUGCAACAUGUUAGCUUAUAGCAGUUCGAAAGGCUCAAUACGCUUGAUUGAUUUGCGCCAAUCAGCUUUAUGUGAUUCACAUUCCAAAUUGUUUGAGGAACUAUAAGCAGCUGGUUCUAAAUCGUUCUUCACUGAGAUAAUUGCUUCAGUGUCAGACAUGAAAUUUGCAAAAGAAAGAAGAUGUCUACUUAGCCGUGACUUCAUGACACUUAAGUUAUGGGACAUUAACAUGGAUUCAGGUCCGGUAUCAACUUUCCAGGUUCAUGAACAUCUGAAACCGAAGCUCUGUGAUUUAUAUGAAAAUGAUUCCAUCUUUGAUAAGUUCGAGUGUUGUAUAAGUGGCAAUGGAUUGCAAGCAGCUACUGGUUCUUGCAGCAAUAUGUUCCGUGUGUUUGGUGUUUCCCCGGGAAGCACCGAGACUGCAAGCUUAGAAGCAAGCAGAAAUCCAACGAGGAGACAUGUCCCAGUUCCCUCGAGUCCAUUCAAAGCUCUAAGCCGUGUUGUAAGUAGAGGAUCAGAGAGUCCUGGAGUCGAUGGGAAUAGCAAUGCUCUUGAUUACGCAACAAAGUUGCUGCAUCUUGCUUGGCAUCCAAGCGAGAACUCAAUUGCCUGCGCUGCUGGAAAUAGCUUGUACAUGUACUAUGCUUAACAUCCACACUCAGCAAAGAAAAAAAGUAGAUAAAAAGGAGCAGUUUCUCUGCUCUAGACUCUGUUUUUCCAGGUUCCUUAUGGUGCUUCAUGGGGAGUGCGAUAUGCAUCAUGGGAAAAUGACAGGCAAGCAGUGAAAAGUGAAAACCAAUCUUUGAAGUGUACAAAUUCACUUGUGCACCUUGGAAACUACUUUAUAGGCAAAGAAAAAUGUAAAAAUCCGAUUUGAAGAAAUCGUGAUUUUAGUUAAGCUAAUCGUAUAUGACUUUUGGACUCGAGAUAUAUAUUAGUUUGUUUACAAUCUUUUUCUGGUCUUGGUGUAAUCAUUGUUUUAUUGAUUCUUUUGUUAGACUUGUUUCUCCUUUGUUUAUUUAUUGAAAAUGAAAUACAUUUCAUCUAA